GUUUCAUCCAUUUUGUUUAGCCUAGCUAAGCUGCGUGUAUUUACAGUGCGGCAGAGAUGGAUGACGGCGACGAGCCGGGUUUAGUCCUCUCUCACAAUACUUCGUCGGGCUCCAAGUCGGGUGGGGACAAGAUGUUUUCUCUGAAGAAGUGGAAUGCUGUAGCUAUGUGGAGCUGGGACGUUGAGUGUGACACUUGUGCCAUUUGCCGAGUACAAGUAAUGGAUGCGUGUCUACGAUGCCAGGCGGAAAAUAAACAGGAGGACUGUGUUGUUGUGUGGGGAGAGUGCAACCACUCCUUCCAUAACUGCUGCAUGUCCCUGUGGGUGAAGCAGAACAACCGCUGCCCCCUCUGCCAGCAGGACUGGGUGGUUCAGAGAAUCGGCAAAUAAGCUGCACAUCCAGGUGGAUUACACCUGCGUGCACCCCAAAGCGGUGACAGACUUGGCAGUGAUCAGUGCAGAGCCUUGUGCGGAGCCGCUGACACCGCAGCUGCCCUCCUGCUUAUUGAUUGCAUGUUUUCAGUAGUCCGGUACCAGAGGAAGGACAAAAUGAAAGCUGCACAGACUGGUUACUCAUGGAGUCCUGAA